AAAAAAUAAGUAACAUUAUUUUGUCGCUAUUAAAAUUCUUGAUAAACACUUCUACAAUUUGUUUUUGACUCUUCAUCUAUAUAUAGUCUCGUUCUGAAGAGCUUACAGGCCUCCCAGACCCGAGGGGUGGACCCAGGGCGCGCGAGCCUCUCCAACGCGCUCGCACUUUGCAUCAAUAAUUAUGACGUUUGCAAAUUUAGAAGACAUUCCAUAUACUGAAUUGAAAAAGAUAGCUUUCCUACGAAGUGCUUAUUCUAAAAGAAUUUAUAAGUCUUUUAUCUGUUAUGGAAACAUUGAGAGAGUUUAUUUCAAGCUGUCUGGCUUGUAUUCCUGGUUUUGGACCGGAGGGCCAAGACACCGCGAACACAGGUGAACCUGUGGGAAUCAUGGUGAAGAGAGCGAACCGAAAGGUGGGCGCCAACACAACCUCGGACAUGAAGAUCCCAGACGCCGAGAAAGAAACGCCUGACUACUCCGUGUUCACAGUUGAAGCGAAGAAAAACAUGCAAGGCUCCACAUCGGACAAGGGCAAGAAAUACCCGAAACUUAGCAAGCCUAAGAAAGGACAGUUGAUUCUGGUCAAAAGUGCCCAAGACCAGAGCAAGGGGAAACGCCAAGGCAUUUUCCCAAGCCUGCCAAAAGGGCCCACGAGUCUGGUCAGCAACAAGAAGCAAAGCCAUUCACCUGCUGUAUCCAGGGCUGUGUCUGCCAUGCAAGCCGCUCUUGACAGGUUCAGGUCGGAGGAUGAUUGCCCCGUGACACCAGGCAGCAGUGUAUAUCAGCGCGAAGGCGCCAUGUCUACGCUCCUUGGAGUGCAGAACUGGGAGGACGUCGUGGAAGGCAGGGAGGCAGCAAGGCCAGCCACCACCGCUAGUGCGAGAGAGACGGAUGAACCCGCUACUUCCUCUCCGUGGCCCUCCCGCGCGUCCUGCUCCGAGUACAGCGAUCUCCCUCCGACCCCCGACCUCGAUAUCGUGGGCAUGGGUUAUGGAGGCCCCAGCCAGCGGCAGCUUGACAAGAAGUAUGUCCUGGAAAAGUGGUUCAAGCGGGGCGGGACAGAGAACAGGGAAUCACCUGAAAGGGAGCGGCUUCCCAGAAACGCCGCGCCCUUCCUGAUUGACGACCCAGUGGCAUGGGAGAUCGACUUUGCGGAGAAGCCACUUGACGACGCCCGACGUCAGCGACAGCAGAAAAAGCAAAAGAAAAUCCACAAGCUUCGACAACAGCUCAAGAACAAGAGUAUCGCUGACCAACCAGACGAGAGGUUGCGCAGCAACGGAGCCACAUCUGCUGUCAUGUGGGAGAUCGACUUUGCAGAGGACAGAUCCGAGGAAUCCCACCAAAAGCGCCUAUCCAAGCGAGAGAAGAAGCUCAAGAGACUUGCCAAAAAGGAAAAAAACACCGCUGAGCAGGACAAGGACUCGCAGGCUCCUUGCAAACCAACAUCUCCUCGUGACAUGUACGGCGGCCAAGACUUCAAGGAAGCACUCAACUUUUAGAGACGCUCAAGUGCGAAAUUUGAGAGUAAAUGGCAUAUUUUGCCGAAAAGGCGCUUAAUAUAAGUUAACAUCGCUACUUGCUUUUUUUAUUAUUAUCAUUAUUAUAAAAAUGUUAAAAGAAAACCUCGUAUUCCAAGUGUUACCAUUCUAACUCACCUACAAAGACACACUAUACGUCUUUUUCCAAAUCUUCGACUCUCCUCGUGCCACACACCCCAUCAAAGCCAACCACUUGACAGCUACUGUUCUGGAAGGACAAGCGAUUGUGACUGGAUGAUCUCAUCUUAGAAUAAAUAAGUGUUUUCCGUA